AUGGGGUUCGCCGGCGAUUCCGCGUACGAUAUCCGCGUCGCGGACGCCCUUGGCAGUGGUGCACACGGAGGGGUCGAAGGCCGAGGCGGGGAUCGAGAACCUCCCUCGGUUCCUUCUUCUUUAGCGGCAGCGGCGGGCGAACUGCGCGAUGGGGUGCGGUCGGUUCUCGAGACGGCACUGAUCACGGAGCGACAGGAUAUGGUGCGGAUAUGGCAUCCGACGCUGCCGGUGCUGCGCUUCUGGCGGGAGGUCUUGACGAAAGCCGACGACCCGACGAUCCACGAGCUCCGCGAGUACUUUAUUCGAUACGUGUACAACGCGAUGGGAGAAAAGGAUGGAGAUGAAAACGAAAAUCCUCUACGCGUGCGCGUGGGGUGGGUGGAGGCGAAUGAAAUCGGCGUAAAAAAGGGGGAGGAUGAGGAUGAAAAGGGAGAUAAAGCGAUGGUAAAAAGGGGGAAUAUGGAGAUCCCUGGAAGUUACCUCCGCACGCUGAGGACGAACGCGCCGCCGCCGUGGGCACUUCCCUUUGAGCUCGCAAUUGCAGUGCACGCGGCGCGGCGCCCCGAAAAGGCGGUUCGUGCGCUUUCAGGAACGCUGCAGAACCUCCUCGGUGAGCAGGCGGAGCUGCUUAGCAAGUUGGAGCACGUUAUAACACGGGUGACAAACGCCGCACACAACGUGCAGGUGGAUCUGAAUACGCUGCACGAGGCGUGCAUGGGGCUUUAUUCCCAGUGA